UUUCUGUCCUGCACUCCCUCUCUCUGCCUCUCUGUCUCUGACACACUCGCACACACACGCACACAUAUAUACACGCCCUCCACCCCCAUCGCUGCAGUGUCUCAACUGCCUUGGAGCAAAGAAGAGAGGAUAUAGAACACAGACGUUCAUAAGAAAAAGAGAAAGAGGGGAGAGACGUGCUUGUUUUUUCUGUGUUUACCCCCCCAAAAAUGAGGAAGAUAUGAAGAUGAAGCAGCUGGACUAAAGGUGGAUUGCACACAGCUCCUUUCUCUCCUUGCAAGGGCUUGUCUGCAGUAUCCUUUGUAAAUGGAUGCUGCCUUGUGAACACGGUAAGACUCUCAAAACAGGCUUCUUUUUUUUUUUUUAGUGGUGACUGCAACUGGCCUGCUUUGGGCACAGAGGAGGAGCAAGAUGCUGUUUCACUGCAGCCAUUGUGAGGAGGGAGAGAGUGUGUUUUCCUGUUAGAAAUGGGGAAGGUGAUGUUCAGAGAUGGCACACAGGCUGUCCAGUCCCCUCCUCCACCCUGCUAGCUGUGUGCCAGCAGACGCUGCUAUCAUAUUGCUUGCAAUUGGACUCAUCAUCUCCCAAGAGCAUCCUCGAUCUUUAAAGACUGCUUUUAUCAGAGCGCGGUGUUUAGUUCAUGUAAUUACUGUAUGUAGGACGAGUGAAGGAUGCGAUGAAGAUGUGUGUGUCUGCGUAUUUGCGCGCAUGUCUCUCCCGUGCUCUGCCCAGGCCAUAAAGCUGUGAAAUGGAAAGACAGGGAAACAGGAGAGUAAACGCACCAUCACACACAAUCAGGUGUUCAGAACUCACAGCUGGCUUUACUAGAUCCUGGAUGUAAAUUUGCAGUGGGAGGUGUGCAAUUCCCGUGGAGCUGGACUCUGCGGGCACUGGGAUAAGCGGGCAAAUUGUGGCUUGACAGUGGCACAGGAGUAUUGUAGGAUUUGCCAGAGAAGCCUGCUGUCUGCUGUUCUCACCAGCAUUCAUUAAUAGUAAUCACAAGCUGGGAUUUCAUUUGUUUCUGCGCGCUGUUAAAAGCAAAUCUUAUCGAUGGAAGAGGCAGUGCAGAGAGUGUCUGUUAGUCUGCAGGCAGCCCAAGAUGAUUUGUGACACUUGUGUCUCAGCGAUCUCAAUCCUUUCAACACAGUUACUGUAUUUUUUCAAUGGGGGUUGGGGUUGGUUGUGUAGCAUCAGGAGAGCAUGUGUAUUUAUGUGUAGUGUAUGUGUGUGAGAGAGAGAGAGCAAGUGCAGGGAGGGGUCGAGGGGCUGUAGGGGGGGGUUUAACAGUAGGAAGGCAGAUGGGGCAGAGGGGCGGAGGUUGAUGCAGCAAAGAGGCCAGAGAGAGAAAAAGAAGAAAUGAGAAGAUUUAUAACAGAUUGGAUGAAAGAGCAGGGAGACUGUGAUAAUUUCACAUCUUUACUGAGCAUGUGACACAAGAACAAUGCUAGAUGUGUGUGUGCGCGUGUGUGUGUGUGUGUGAUAGAUCCACAAGCAGCAGCUCACGUCGAGGCCCUCAGACAUCUGUGAAUCAAGGCAAAGAUGGAGGAUGAAUUUCUCCAUGCCUUUAUCCAGUGAACACUGCUGAUGCAGAGAUGGACGGGGAAUAUUAGUGUGAUACUUUCACUGAACCUUGCAUUGGGUUGCCUGAUUUUUGUUGUUUGUGAAAUCCAAAAUCUAGACAGAAAUUUUGAUCACAAGCUGAUAGAUUGGGAUUAGCCUCUAUGGUUGUAUUUUACUGCUCUUCUAACUCAGUAUCCAGUUGUAGUUUUUGCAGCACACGUCGCAGAACCUUCUUUCAUUUCAAACAGAGCAAAUGUUAAUCACUUGUAUUGAUACUGUUAGAAUCUUUAAGGAUUUUUUAAGAAUCAUUGUCAUGGAUGUACUUAGUGUGAUUACAUUUUUAAGAGUUUGUGAAUUAAGAUACGACUAAAUUAUCAGAAAGUCUCUCCAUGAUUCAUCUCAAACAUGUCGGCCAGAGAGACAACUGUGGCCAUCAGCAUCACAACUAGGGUGAAAACCGGAUGCACUACAAUGACUGUUCAGUUUUCACUGUUCAAACUUUCUAAUAAUAAAUCCUAUUUGUAUUUUACAUCCACAAUUCAUAGUGAUUUGGGUGACUUUAUUCAGUCUUUAUUCUUUUCUCUUCACUAUGUAAACUAACACAGUUUCCAAAUGGUUACAGUCUUCAAACCUCAAUGGUUGUCAAUCAUCGUCUGACAACAAUAGGCAACAUAUUCCUCCGGGUAAGAGAUGCCAACUUUGCAGUAAUUCCAGUCAGUGGUCACAAAAAAGACUAGCAGCAAAGACUGCGUUCAUGUCUGCAACAUAAACACUGUCAUUUCUUGGUCCAUUACAUCCCCUGGAUAGUGCCCGUUCAUCAGUUUUAAGUACCAGAAGGUCUCAGUUUAAGAGCAGGCACAGAGUCUUUAUUCUGGCUUACGUCAGGGGUAAAAACCUGAAAAAGAAACCUAUUCGUCCACAACUCACAAGGUUGUCGAAAUGGUAACAUCAUGGAGAGGACUUAUAAAAAUGAAAGAUCUAUCUGACUCUUUAAAAUGUUUGUUUUUAAGGGUUGGACUGAUAAUUUGUUCUGAUUUUUUGGUAGUUGGGUAAUCUCAAAAGCUGAUUGACUUUUUAAAAACAGUGUUGAGUAGAUUUGUUGCUGGAGGUGAAGUUUUUGAUAUAGAUCUGUGCUCACAUGCUGAUAUCCGGUUUUGAAGAUAGAUCAGUCGUCAUCAGAUUGCUGGAGCUGAGAUGUUCACUCACCUGAUUUUGCUCUCAAAUGGAUAGUUUUUCUUGCAUACACCAAAGCCUGUUGAAAUACGACUCAGACUACAAACACAGCAGACACCAGGACACUUCUUAUCCCAAAAUCUAAAUCAUAUCAUAUGUUUAUGUUGAAUCUGUUCACAAAGAUCAAAUGGCUGGUAACCAUCAGAAAUAAAACCAAGGUCACAAUCACUGUGACAAAAUCCUGAAAGCUAAAUUAACUUUAAAAUCAUCCGUUCAUCAGAGCUGUAAAGCUCUCCUCUGUAGCCUGUUUAAAAAUGUCAGAGGUCACUGAUGACCUUGGCUUUAAAAUGAUGGAUGAUUGGGUGCAGCAUGGAAUAUUGGAAUACUGAAAAGGUUAAUCACGUGCUUACAUAUGGGUCUACUUGGAGUUUCACACACAAACAGGCUGAACAGUGUCGUUGCACCCUUAUUACAGACUGUUUGGACACAAUAUACGAAGAAACUGAAAUGCCCUGAUUUUGCCUGUGUUUUUCUCUGUGUUUGUAUUUUUGUUCUCUUUAUGUUUAAAUGCUAGAUGAGCCAUUUAUGUGACCUUUAUGGGUAUUAAAACAAGAGCACCAGUGUGAAAAAAAAAAACCUAUGCUGAGCUGACCUCCUUCCACCUCCUUUGUUACUUGCUCCAUCCACUUCACUGGGUGACAUAAUGGCGAGGGACAGCAGGGACAGACGGGUUUUAAAGUGACAGUGGCCACUGGGGUGGGAGCCCUGGCACAGAGGAGGCCUAUGUCACCGUUUGGAGUACUUUGGGACAAAUUAACCCUGUAGGUGUGCAGACAGUUGAUUUGUACAAUUAUAUUCAGCUCUAUUACAGUUAAGUACCAAGGGAGCAGAGCAUAGUUCCCUGAGCAACCAGUUUAAUAAUAUGAUUAAUCUAAGAUGUCAUUUAUCUCCAAGAGUGGGUGUUGCAGUACACUGCUUAAUCUAUUCGUGUUUUUACGGGUUUACAUAUCAAUCUGCCGUUCAGGUGUCGCAGAAGCUUUGAGAUAUCCUCUAAAACCACAGAGAAAAUGUGUGUCCCUCAAGUUGAGCUCUCUCUCAGCGGUUGUAUGUGCAGUCAGGGCAUUGCUCCCAUUCAGCUGGCUCAGCGCUUGUGUUUGUUUUGGGUCUGUAAUCCUUGCCAGGUACUGGGACAAAGUGUCAUCGCUGUAAGACACAUCUUCUUUCAGACAGGUAUUGAAGCAGAGAGAGCGGGAGAGAGAGAGGGGACUAAUAAAUUACCUAACAGCAGAGCAUCAGCGAGGGAAGCUGAAAGUUGAAUCGAAAAUCUCAGGGCGGGGCAGUGUGAAUGAGAAAGGAUUAAGUUGGUGCUACAUAAAAUAACAUCAGCUCAAUUCAUCCCUCUCUUUCUCUUUGGCCUCCUUUCUAAUCCACGCUGGUAGUCGCAUACAGGGGCCUGUCUGUUUCCCCGAAGCUGGCGAGCUAGAGGGCCUUACUUACCAGCACUCAAAUCUGAGAGGGCAGAGCAGAGGGGGACUAACAGAGCAACUUUGUGUUCCAUCGCACACACAUAACAGAAGUCAUAUGACAACAAGGAGGUGGACGGGAGGAGGGGGUGAGGGAGUGUAAGGCCUACUACUCACUGAUGAGGGAUUAGUCUGAUAAAAAUGAAAGGAGUGUGUGUCUGCUUUUGUGUCUGCACAUACUGAGUUGAGUGAUAUUGAUACCGUCUUCUAGGAAAAAAAGCUCACACGGUUAACAGCUCGGGAGUUAUUACGUACUGAUUAGAGCCCGCAGGCCUAUUUCUUUAAAGGAAAUACACUAAAGUGAAAUAAAAAAAGGUGUUGCUGUUUUUACAUUUUACAGUCUAAUCGCUGCUUUAGUGUAAAGUUUACGGUAAUGAUUACAAACAUUUACAUUUGAAGCUGUAAAAUUACACUUCCCAGUUUGAACGUGUAACUUCUAUUCAUAUCUCUUCCCACUUAUUCACGACAUACAUUUUCACGACUCUGUUGCUUUUGGCUUUAGAAUCUAAAAUUUCGAUGAUGAAGAGAGAUAUAAUAUAUAAUAUAUAAUAUAUAUGAAGAGAGAUAUAUAUAUAUAUAUAUAAUUGAGAGUAUGGGCUUGACUGUCACCGUAUGAUUUCAUAAACUGGUGUUAAAUCUUAAAGUCUCUUCGAAUUCACAGAAACGUGACGUGCAUUUCUCUUAAAUGCUUCUUUUGGCGUCUAUUCCACUUAUUGCUGUCUCUUCGCUUUCAUUUUAUAGUGCUGUCUGAGUGAUUUUAUGGCUGUUUUAUAGUUACUUUCACUGCAAUGUGAGAUAUUUUUCCCUUUCCUGUUGCAGUUCUCAAAUCACCAACUGCAGAUAAUGCCUGUGGUUUGUAGACGCCUGAAAGUGUCUGUUAGCCACAAUUUCCUUCUGUUGCAGACAGCAUUUAUCUCCUGUGUCAUGACACAAUUGAAUCAGGUCAGAGUGACAGUUUGAAAGUGGCCAACAUUGUCUAUAGUACCUACAUGAAUCAUUUCAGUCAGUUGAAUAGACAGUGAGAUCAUCUUUGUCUGUAAUGGCAGAAAAUGUUGAUGCAUCUGCAAAAAAAAAAAAGAAGUAUUUUAGAUAAUAAAAAGGUUGCACAUACCUGUACUCGUGUUGUGUGUACAGCGGCGGACACAUACACACACACACACACACACACACAAGACUCUAAUGUCCACCUUGUACCAUCUUCUCCCUUCACAUCAGACAGCCUCGCAACAGCGCAGCCAGCGCACAAACAUGCCAUUGUCAUCGCUGACUGGCCUUGUGACACAGUGUGACCCGCUGGAUCGGAGAAGGGGGAACACAGGCAUCGAGAUCGGGAGUGUUGAACAGAGCAGUAUCACAAAAAAGCAUCAAGCAUACAGAGUCCUCACCCCCCUCACCCCAUCCCGACCCUCUAAACAGCCCUACUGUUUUGGGGGGGGGGGGGGGGACAGAAAGGAGAACACUGCCCAUCAUUGUUUUCCAUAAUGAAUGAGUAGUGUCCUCACAUGUGAACAGCGUACAGGCAUCUCUCUCCACAUUUGGGACAGCAUGUCAGGAAUAGAUAACAUGAAACGUUGAGCAAAUGAUUGUGAGAGCUAAAUCAAGCAUAUCAAACGAAAAUAAGACUUCAUAUAGCAGUUUUUGAUAAGGGCAAUGAACCACAACUCGGUCUGCUUGUUUAUCUGGAGCCUCUUGUAUUAUCAAACCAAUUAGUUGUUGCUAAUAAUUCCGGAAACAAUUAAAACCAAUGAGCCUUAUCAGCAUUAAAAGCAAAAUACCUUGGAUGCCUAACCAAUUAGAGCUAAUAGUAUGACAUAAUCAUAAGCUGCUAUGCUAGGUAGAUGAGUCCAAAAGCUUUCUUGAGCAACAUACUGUAAUAUUUAAAGGGAUAUUCCGGCGAAAAAUUAAUUUAGUGUUACACACCGUAACACCGAGUUAGACACCCCCUUGAGAGAUGAAUGUUGCUGACUGCUUGCUUCUCUAUUUUUACCAACUUUAAUAAUGACCGCAGGAUAGCAGUACACAGCGGUCUGAAGAGCCAUAAAAAAACCUCGACCAAAACGUCACUUUAUAGCCACAAAUAAUGUUCAGAACAGCACCUAACUUCAUCAACAGUACAUAUAGAGUCCCAGCCACAGUACUAGCCAACAAACAUCUUUUUAGCUUUGUCUAAUUUCUGACCUCAGGCCAGUCCAUAAUGGACUGCUGUGGGGUGACGCAGCUCAAGGGAAAACAUUUAUGAUCAUUUCUUCGUGGAAAUGCUAUCAGACCGAGACACUAAGGCAGAAGAACUACCGUGUCUGCAGUGCAAAAGGAUUUAUAUGGUGAUUAUUACUUCAAGGAAAUAAUAAAGAAAUGAUCAUAAAUAUUCUUCCUUGAGCUGAGCCCCCCCGGCGAGGUCUCGCUCCAAACAAGCGGCUGCUGGAAGAGAGUAGGUGAGUUGUGUUUAGUCUCUUUGCUAAAGAAAUUAGGCAAAGUUAAAAUAUGUUUGGUGGCUAGUGCUGUGGCCGGGACUCUAUAUGUACUGUUGAUGAAGUUAGGUGCUGUUCUGAGCAUUAUUUGUGGCUAUAGAGUGGCGUUUUGGUUGAGGUUUGUUUAUGGCUCCUCAGACCGCUGUGUAUUGCUAUCCUGUGGUCGUUACUAAAGUUGGUAUAACUAGAGAAGCAAGCGGUCGGCAACAUUCGUCUCUCGAGGGGGUGUCUAACUUGGUGUUACAGUGUGUUUGACCCUAAAUUAAUUUUAUGAUGGAAUAUCCCUUUAAGCGGGACAUAAUUUAUUAGACAAAACUUACUAUUAGUAUUACACAUAAACCGCAGUCCAGUUUGUUUGAUUAAUAUGAUGCACCACAUCAGCUUCAGCCAUCUUGGCAAUUAAAACAUAACGCACACUCAACAAAACUGCCCAGCCCAGUUAAAAAGAGGCCAAAACUCAGAUUAGACUGGAUGGAAAUGUGUCUGAACACAAGCUGGAUCAGACUGCUGCAGCUUUAUUUAGUCGAGACACUUUCGUUCAAAGUGAUGUACAUCUGAGACUUGUCUUUUUUUCCAAAGUGAGAGACGAUGUUCCACCGUACUUUCAAAAUGAACGAGCAGAAAGACCAGACUGACACAUCCUAAAAAGGGAUGAAGCCUUAGCUUGUGCUGCUUUUUGAUGCACUUCCAGCCUGGCCAGUUUACAUUGCUGGUAAAAAAAAAAAGCAAAUGAGACACUUUCAUGCAUGUUUUUUACAAUAAAAUUAGGUGUCAAACAUAUUUUUUUUCUCUUGAGGAAAACAAGCUACUAUCCUAGCUGCAUGCUGCAAGAAGUUACUAAGGGUUCAGUUUUUGUGAUUGUGGUCUACACACAAAUGAAAAGACGCGAGCAUUCAUGAUGAGACAAGUUACAAGCCUCAUAUUAAAUACAGAUUAAAAAUGUAUGCUUUUUUGGCUCUGCUUUGGUCACCAUUAACCUUUUCCUUAAUUUUUUUAACUCACCCUGGACCGUCAACAUCCUGGUAAAAAAUGUAAAAAAUGUUUCUUUAAGAAUAAAACCUAGGCUUUCCUUUUUGUUAAGUGAACUGAAAUAGCAUGUAUGACGAAAUGGAGUUAUAGUUCAAGGAAUACUCUCAUUGGACUGAUUGGUUGAAAAGUAAAGGCCAUUCUAGGUUAAAAAAACAUCCCUGAAUGCACAGAACUGAUCAUGGACAUUUUUAGUUCAACAGCUCUGCUCGGAGCAUGAGAAAAUCUCCUGGCUAUGAUAGCUGUAUAAAUUUAAUUGUGGCAGGAAUCCUGCGUAUAAUCCUGUAGAUUCUGAAGGUGCUAUGAGACAUUAGAGACGUUCUGUAAACUCUCCCCAGGAGUCUUCUUCUGAAGUAAUCCUAGACAUGUUUGCUAACAGGCUUAGUUUGAGACUCUUGACAGCCCAUGCUGACGUGUCUUCAAUCCACACAUGCGAGUGACUGGGCGUCCUUGUUGUACAUGAGUGAAAAGGUCUGCUGCUUGCCUAAGACUUCUUCUCAUACACGAAGACAGAACUCAAAGUUGGUAAAUGGAUUGGAUUUUGCAGAAAGAUGAAGGCUCAUCCUGGUGUAUCUCUUUUAGGAUAAAAUGGUAAAUCUUGCAUGAGGCAGAGCAAACUGUCAGAUGGUGCUGAGGAUGACACUGCUCGCUGCGACCUAUAUCUCAUAUGAUUCUGACGUAGGAUGACUCAUCACACAGACGCAGGCCUCCUCGGUUGGAGAACUAUUUAUUUAAUUCUACAGAGAUCUUCACAGAAACACAUGCAUUUCAGUCGAUGUUAGCAAAGGGACUCUGUAAAUUUUUCAAAGGCAUCACUCAGACGAUCAGUUGUUAUCUACAGGAUCUGUGUUUGCAGCAGGACUGGGGUGACAUUGAUCCGUCAUUCUGCUGCUAUAGCAUAAAAUUGACCGUCUGCGUUUUGUCCCAGAUUCCACAACAUUAUAGCUGGAGUAGAUACAGCUGGAGCACUAUGCUGCUGAUCACACGCCUAUAUUUUACAGCUGCCUUCUUGCCUUUGGUAUGUCACAAUUUCCUCUAUAAACCUGAUCCCUUGUAUUGGGUGGGAUUUCUUCCUUGUGUAUACAGCUUUACCCCUCACGCAAUUCAAUACUAAGAAUAAUAUGAUUGUAACGUCAUCCGUAGCUUUGAGUCAAUCUCAGUGUCUGUCUCUUUAAAAAAAAAUAGAACAAACCCUCCUUCUGUUUUUCUCGAACCAAUCAGUUUGAAAUGCAGUUUUUCAGUUUUCCAUCCUGAGUAUGCAGCAGUGCAGUAAAUGUGGUUAAAGAUUACUGAUUAUACUGAUGAAUCCGGGAACAACACCCCCCUUUUUUUGUGAUUUUCAUGGCUACCCAGUUCAAAGUGGAAAAUGGAUUUUCACAGCUCAAGAUCAGAAAUACCCCCUCCCCCUAUUUUACCAGAAUUUUUAAACUGUGCCAUAGAUGCAGCUGGAUGAAGAAAUUCAUGGAAAUUCUCCUCGAGCUGUUUUCAAGUAGCUCCAGUUUGACUGAUUUUACCUACCUACCUAUCUAUCUAUCUAUCUAUCUACCUAUCUAUCUAUCUUAUAAAUUAAGACCCCCUCUUUCUUUAAAUUAACAGCCUGUCAUGUGCAUAGAUAGAUAGAUAUAUUCAAGCUUUAAUUUUUCUAAUUACAUUAAAGUUUCCCUGCAUUUUCUAUCAAGCUGUAAAAAUCUCAUACUACCUCUUACUUUUAAAAUAUCUGUGCAAAUUUUUAAACUGAUGUCAUGGGAAAAUUGACAAUAACAGCGCUUGAUCCCAAAGGCAGUAUCUUGCAAAAGCAUGUUUGUUCUGGCUUGAUAUUUAAAAAUUAUCCCAGCUUCAGGACUACGAUCUUCUUGUCAAAGAACAACCACACAUACUAAAUUCAAUGAUGAAUAUUUGCUCCUCAUACUGUACGUUGAGGGAGACAGCGUACUGACAUGCUCUUUCAGGUGAAGGGCUACUCUUUGUUGACUGUUUUUACAGUUGUAGAUGAUACUCCGAUAGUGAAUGUUUUGACUGUCAACACGUUCACUGAUAGACUUCAAGUUUGUCAUACCCUCCAAAGAAAUGCUAACGUCCAUGGAAUUUUAACUGAACCUUCCGGAGCAGGUGAGACGUGCUGGUUUUUUGCACAGCUUGUAACAUCAACAAAGAUGCAAACAAACUCGUCAAUGUCACCCUGAUCUCCACCUACAGGGUCAAAAACACCUCAGUACCUUUUUGAUUGGUUUAUUUAUUGUCACCAUAAUAAAGGGCCACAGGGAUGAUGUUCUCCUCAAAGUUGUCAGACUGCUCUUCUCUGGAGCAUUUAAAAUCCCAGCCUGUGUGGAAAAAAUGCCAACAAUCAUAUUUGUAAGAGGAUUAGCCUGCCCUGACAUCCGUUUACCAGAUUUUCUGUUAUGUAUGCCUUCAUUUGCGAAUUAAGCUUUUCAUGUAUCUCCUCUUUGCCUAUCUAACUCAACCAUCACCUGGUGGUCGAUUUCCCCUCCUUAAAAAUCUAGCAGUUGAGGAAAACAUGGCUGUUGGUUAUCUUAUUUUGUUAUAGAAAUGCUCACAUUUAAUGCAUAUGUCAAAUCACACUCAUCAAUAACAGCACAGCUUCUACGACAGUUAAUGGUUAUCUAGUACGGCUGAUAUUAGCAGAGCUAGCACCACCAAGGAUUCAAGGAACUUUAUUUGUCAUACCCCACAAAUUUGACAAUCUGUGUCAAUGUCAAGUUUAUUUGUAUAGCACAUUUAAACAGCCAGUGGCCUACCAAAGUGCUUUACAAUAACGAAGCAGUAGCAAUAAAAGCAAGUCAUACACAGCAAACAGCAACAACAAAAGACAUGUAACAUAUAAAUGUAAACAAAAACGAAUAUAUAACCAAUACUGCGUCAUCAUGCUGCGCCAAAAGCUAAGGUGAACAAGUGUGUCUUUAGUUGGGUUUUAAAAGUAGAGGGACUAUUUGCAGUACGCACACUGAGGGGUCGUGCAUUCCACAAAGUGGGAGCUGCAACCGCAAACGCUCGCUCCCCUCUGGAUUUUAAAAAAGAACGAGGCACGUCUAAGACGACUCGGUUAGCAGACCUAAGGGCUGUGGUACAAAAUUAGUACCCAGGUCCGUUUCCAAGACAAAAAUAAAAUACAAUACAAUACAAGAGCAAAAUGUAAACAAAUGUAAGUAGGCUGAAAUUAGCCCUGUUGCACUAAAAUUUCUGCAUGAAAGCAGCACCAGCCUUCUGUCUUGUGCCAACCAGCAAAGGGGAACAUCCUUUCCUAGUGUACUUAACUACAUGCACACAUCACUUCUGACUCUAACCGCUUACAGUAGUUUAAUCAUUGUAGCAGAAGGUAGCUAGACAUUAGAGACAGCUGCAAAUCUUACGAGUUUUGACCAGGAAGAAAGAGGAAAGCUAGUCAGAAGGAAGACGUAACCAAACGGCUACCACAGCACGAGCACUGUGCAGCUGUAGCAUGUGAGUGAGGCAUGUGAGCUAUUUAUUUUCUCUGACACAUACUUUAUAUCACAGCAAUUUGCUGGAGGGACUCUGAAGCUUCCUAAUGGUAUACUAAUAUCCGUAGGAAAUUUGAGAUAGGGGCAAAGACAAAGAUUACUGUGGGCAAUUUUUUUUAACACCAUGAAAAUAUGUUUACUACGCAGUUCGAGGCCAGCUGUGAGGAUGCAUGAAUGAGGGUGACACAAGGUUCAGGCCUGCUAACCCCUAAGGAUACAUGGAUAUGAAUUACCGUACAGUACAGUCAUCGAAGAGUCAGAUUUCCAUAGCACAGUACUGUUCUGAAUCGUCAAGGUUAAAACGGCCCUACAUGUGCCUUGUCUGUGUAAUCAUAAUAAGAAUACUGAAUACAAGAGCAGCGUUAUUUUGCAGUCACUUUGCAAACAUAGGCGCCAGUCCCGAAGAUGCUUUGCAAAAAGUCCUUGGCCUCCUUGGCUGUGAUGAAUGAUUUUUUUUUCGGUUUUGGUGACUGUUGAUGUAAAUAGGCACCAACAAUGUAAAUGGGUACUUGCUGAGAGAUUCAUGAAUGGAAAACAUAGUUUUCUUGUUCCCUGUUUGAGACGACAGUUAAAUCGGACAUAAAUUAAAGUGCAGCGCUCUUCUCAGCACGUUUAUCCUCACUAAAACAGCCCUUGCAAUCUCACUUGAAAUGAAAGCCUGCUGACCACAGCACAAAAACACACCUGCACGCCUCAUUCAUAAACCAUUACAAGGUGUCUGAAAGCGCACCUGUGCCUUUCACCUUUUCUUAUAACAUCACACACUUUGGCUGUCCAUUCAUAAGAAUAAUACAUUUUCUGCAUUGUGUUCCUGACACACCUAAGCGCACACAGAGCUGUCCUACAUUUGUCAAUCACCCUCAUUAUAACGCAUUAUGCCACUGCGCCAGAGCAUUACCUGCACUCAUAUGCUGUUUAAUUGAAUUAAAUUUUAUCACGUGUUUUCAAGCAGCAAAGCGAGAUUGAUUUCACACUGACACAUAAUGGAAUUAACACGCUCGUGUAGCUCUGUUAAAUAGCUGCAACGUGAUCCAGUUAAACAGCGGUUAAGGAAGCACUCAGAUCUUUUACCUUAACUAAAAACUACCAAGGCCGGACUGGAAACGCUACAGCACAAAUCCAAUCAGGCAGAGUCAUCUUGAGCAUUAUGAGUAGAACCAAUUCACUGGGAAUUUCUUGACUCAUUUACUUGUAUUUUUAUGAGAACAUGUUUUAGUUGUGGGUGAGCCCGUUUCAAAUUAUUGUGUUUAAGACACCAACUGAAAGGAUGAGACAGCAUGCUGGCACAAGAUACCAGCUAUUUUGGAACUUUUAUCUGCAUUUUUACUCUUAUCAUUCUGCCAGACAGUAAGGGUCUGUUGAAUGUUGCUUUGGUGGCAGUUAAAAAAAAGCCACAUAAAGACCCUUUGCUCCACCAUGUUAUUGUGCUUUAUAACAACUUCCUCCCGACCUGGGAAUGGGCAUUUCCAAUAGUCUCCAUUUUUUAAAUAUAUUUAUAUAUAAUUUAUAUAUUUUAUACUUGUUGGCUCAGAUUUCUGCUGCAUGCAGUUCAUCAGUACUGUGUGUCUGAAUGACAGCGGUCUUCAAAUCCCUGUUGGGAAUGAGGCGACGAGUGGUAGUAAUGUACGACUCCAUGGUGAGACCUGAGCAUGAGUCUGUGUUGACAGCCACUUUGUCAGCUGAGCAAAACAGCCCUAAACUCCGCUGUACUUUCCUCGUAUGUACCUCAACGUUUGCCCUGAUGGUGGCUAAUACUCCGUCUCAACCAACGCCAUCAGCUCACGGAAGCCUUAACCUUCCAUAAAACUCAAGGAGAGCAUUGAUAGAGUCACCAUUUUCAUGAUUAGCAAGCCACUUUGGUAUCAUCACACCAGCGCCUGCUAACAUGGCUAGCAAAUGCUGUGUUGUCUCCCAGAUGUAUUUUCAUCCGUAUUUUUAAAAUACUCACACAUAUCACUUUUCUUGGUCACGGCUAACAUGGUGCAGCAUGUCCUUUAACCCUCUCCUUCUACAAAUGGAAAACCUACCUGUAAGCUUAUUAUGUUGCAUUACUUUAGCCAAGAACAAUACUCAAGUCAUGAUAGUAAACAGUACUCGAUUACUCAAUUAUUCAUCCCUUUCAAUCAGUAUCCUCUCCAAUCAUGUGAUUUGGUUGGUACCCAUACCGUAAUACUUUUAUGUGCAUCUUCGACUGAAUGUUUAAUACAUGCUAAACGGGCCUGGCUGCAGCAUCACGAUGUGCUCACUGAACCUGCAAACAGAUGGAGAUAUAUUUGUUUAAGUUGAUGUUAAUAAGUCCUGUUUCUAGCGGUUGUUGAAAUUAUAUCCUCAGGCCACUCGGACAUUGACUGCCUGAACCGGUUUUCCUCAUCUUUUACGUUGGUAAAUGUCAACAAAUGCAGAAUACAUAUGCAGUAUUUCAGCACUCUGUUAUGUUGGUUCAUCAUGUAGGAUUGCGACGCUUUUCAUCAUAUUCAGACUGUCUGGAUUGUUACAGAGUUUAAACAUAUCUUUUCCUUAGACAUAGAUUGUUUCUGGGCUGUAGUGCUGAGCCUCAGACAGAUUAAAGUCACCACUCAAUUUAAUGUGAUUGAUCAAAUUAUAUUUCUGUGGAUCCAACUGCCACAGCGGGAAGGAAGAGACUGUAAUACAACAGAAAGACUGUGACUACAUGAACUCCCCUCCUAAUACAGAGUGUGAUUGUAAUUAUUUGCAGCAUGGUGAAUUAAUAAUAGGAGGUAAGCACCAGGGAGAGUGAUGAGGAGAGAGCUAAUGGGCCGAGUGCACUAAGAGAUGAGAAGGGAAGGCAAGGAGAGUGACCAGACUCGGUGUCAUCUUGGCUAUCACGUUACCUCAGCCCUCAUGAUACAUGGAGAUGCUGGCCUCUCUCUGUGGGCCCCCGUGGCUCUACCUCCACUCGCUUACUCUUAAAGCGACACACCUCUUCUUUGUACUUGAGCUGACUGUGGGAUACCGCACGUGUCCUUGUAAUACUCGUCUUUUCGAGAGCAUGAUUGGACAUAAACAAGGAUAGAUAUGAGUUAUCAGAGGAGGUAAGGCUGGGAAUGUAUUCUUAUUUGGUAAAAACAAUAACCCUGAAGGCCUCUCAUGAAAACCUGCCUCCCGGGGAGUAUUUUGUUUGCCGUUGUCUCUUUCACAGCUAUUUUCUCUUCAAAGUGAGCUACAUAAUUUGCACUCAAAGUAAGCAUAUUUCCAAGCUUGACUCGUAAUCUUAAUUAAUUUCAGCUUAUUUACUGUCGGGAUUUUUCUGUGUUCCUGGCAUUUCAUCCUGCUUAUGUUUUCAUUAUUUGGGUGUAGGUAGGCAACAGCAGCUUUCAUAUAUUCAGUGAAAUAGCACGGAGAACAAAAUUAAUACCUUUUUAAUGUGAUUACGAUAUGCAUUGGUUUUACUCCGCUGACACACCACUUUCCGAGCAUUUAAUGCGAGCGUGAAGACUUCAAAACAUGUAGAAAUGCAAGAGCUGCAUAUUUGUGAAUAAGCAAAUUGAAAAGACUACACACGCAGCUUUAAUAUGUUGCAUAGGCCCUCAAAAUCAGUGAUGUGCAUUAACCGGUUUGGCUGGCUAUGCCAUUUCAAGAGGGUAGUCAGGUGCCUGGAGCCAGGAAACAAUGCUCCCCACUCUGUUUGUGUUGUGAUGCUUUGUUAUGGCUUUGUUCUGCUCUGUUUGUCCCCUCAGUCAUUUGAAGACUGGACUUCACUCACUCAGCUCUGAGAAAUGCUUUCUCUCUGUCUAUGUGACAGGUCUGCAGAGUAAAGUUUCGCCAACAAAACUAGGCCACAGUAUGAUUUCACAUUUGUUACUCAGCCAACAGAAUGCAGCCUGUUUCAAUGUGAAUCUGUCUCUCGCAGAAUCCAAAAGGCAUUUACUGCAACAGAUGUGUUUUUACUUUAAAUCCACGACAACAGAAUUUCAUUUGAAGACAUUCUCCUACACUUAUGGGAAUGUGGUAUAUUUUCAAUAAAGUUUAAACCACUCCCUGUUGAGCAGCCACUAUCUCAGAGCAAGGCUAAAAGGAAGCCAAGUGUUCCCAGAAAUCAUUUAUUUUUUCUUUUUCAAAUCGCAGUUUAGACUCCUAAGGAUAACAGCACAGAUGUUUGGGCAAGGAGAAGGGGCUUUACAGCAGCAUGAAAGCACGAAAAGCACCUGCUGGUUUUAGCCUGUUUUUUUCCACUGUGAAAAAAAAUAAGCAUUUCACCUGAUGUCUUUUUUGCUGAGGAGCUUUCAGGGAAAGGCAGGGCAAGAAGAAGGAUACACAGAGGAUUUCUGAUUCACUCUUCAUAGCAGAAGAUGCUGCGGUUACAAGGAAUCACACUAAUAUAGCUUAUUCUGCUGAUGGAUAUUUUUUCUGUGUCUGUCUUUAUGCAUAUGUUUGACCUUGAUUGUGUGUAUAUAUACCGAGUGUGUGUCUGUGUGCGGCAGUGCUGAAUGGGUAGAUGCGGUGAGCUGAGAUCUACUUUGGCUCAGAGUCUAUGGUAACGCAGGACUGCAGACAGAAAGAUUAGGGGCGUGUGACUGUUGGGAGCAGAAAUCUGAAGAGGCGGUGUCAUGGCAAUGGUUGAAUGCUAAAUGUGCUGGUUAGCAUGCAUGUGACUGUGAUCUAAUUCUUUAAGUGACCACAAAUAAAUCCAUCUUAUGAUUUAUUUCUAAUUACAUUUCCUCAUUUUCUCUCAAAGUCACGUUUUAGACGGUCUGCUCAUACAGAUUUGUUUCUUCUCGUUUCUCAAGAUGCUAAUCAGCUUUGCUCAAUGUAGAGACUAAAAGCAGGGGAAAGUAGCAGGAGAUAAAGAAACACACCAACUAGCAACUGUAAAUCUCUCUAAUUGGCAUAUUAAAUCUUGUUAUUUUAAUCAAUACAAGAAUCGAAAAUGGACAUUUGUGGUCAAACUUUUAUCCUCUGGCUAGAUCUAGGUCACAUUAAGAGCACAGGCUCCAGUAUUUCCAAGUGAAUAAAACACAACCACACAUAAUCAUCUUUACACAUCUUUGGAUUGGAUUAAAUAAUAUCUAAAUUGAUCAGUAAGUUUUAGACAAGAUGGUCAUUUUCCAUGCGAGAAAUCUGGCUUGCUGCUUUCUCCUGCUCCGUGAUAGGCCAAUUACAUCACAAGCCAAGUUCUACCCCAAUAAACCAACAACAGGAUGGGGCACAUUUUCUUGUUGUAUUAUCCAAGAGAUAAGAAGUAUUUUAAAGAACUUCAGACUUAUUGUAAAUUAAAGAGAUAGAAGAAAAAUAUAAGUGAAGACAGCGCUGUAAUAUGUUGCAACAUGUCAUGUAUCCAUGUGGUAAUAUCUAUUUUCUUUUGCAUUGCCAGAUCAAGAGGCCUUCAGUUGUUGGGGAGAUAUCGCAACAGAGAAGAAAGAGAAAAGAUUUUGCCAAGGUCAGGCAAACCAAACACUUAAUUGAGGUGGGAGAGUUGCAGAAGCAGCACAAGGGCAACACACCACAAGAGCCAUGUGGGAGGAGAAUGAGGGAGUUUUGGUAUUCAUACACAUCAAGCCUAAACACUUUCUCUACUGACAAACACUGACGAUUUCCAGAACUGCUCCAGAUUGUUCCUCAGGGGGAGCCCCUGCUAUGAACCCCAGCUCCCUUGGCUUCAGCAGGCAGUUGAACCUCAGUGCCAGGCACUGUGUGGGCGUCCCACAAGUCUGGGUUCUGCCCACACUGGAGUUACAGACUGCUGUCCCCUCUACACAAAAGAUGAAAUCCUCCUGAGUCACGACUUUCUGUGGUGGCUCUCCUGUCUCCUCUAACAUCAGUCUGUUGUCAAGUUUAGUCUGCCACAUCCAAGUGAGUUCCCACCUGUACAGAGCGCCCUCGCCAACCCCCAACAUCUACUUCCCUUCACUACUUCAUCGUAAUUUGCUUUCCCAUCAAGCAGCAGCACGAGUUCCUUUGUGCUAACCACGUGGUGGAGGACCAUGGGAUGCCGUCAGAGCUCGGAGGAGAAGGAAGCGGCUCGGCGCUCGCGGCGGAUCGACCGCCACUUGCGCUCAGAGAGUCAGAGACAGCGGCGUGAGAUCAAGCUCUUGCUGCUGGGUACCAGCAACUCAGGCAAGAGCACCAUUGUCAAGCAGAUGAAGAUCAUCCACAGUGGAGGCUUCAACCUGGAGGCAUGCAAGGAGUACAAGCCCCUUAUCCUGUACAAUGCCAUCGACUCGCUCACCCGCAUCAUCCGGGCCCUCACCACCCUCAAAAUCGACUUUCACAAUCCUGAUCGCGCCUAUGACGCUGUGCAGCUCUUUGCCCUCACAGGCCCAGCUGAGAGCAAGGGGGAGAUAACUCCGGAGCUGUUGGGGGUCAUGAAACGUCUCUGGGCCGACUCAGGGGUCCAGGAGUGCUUUCAACGAUCCAAUGAGUACCAUUUAGAGGACAACACUGCCUACUAUCUGAAUGACCUAGACCGCAUCUCUGCAGCUGAGUACAUCCCCACAGUAGAGGACAUUCUUCGAUCCCGAGAUAUGACCACUGGCAUUGUGGAGAACAAGUUCACCUUCAAGGAGCUCACCUUUAAGAUGGUGGAUGUGGGCGGACAGCGUUCAGAGAGAAAGAAGUGGAUCCACUGCUUCGAGGGCGUGACUGCAAUCAUUUUCUGUGUCGAGCUAAGUGGCUAUGACCUUAAACUCUACGAGGACAACCAGACGGUAAGAAUCUUUUUUGUUGGGCUACAAUUCACUCUCAAAAAAUAAGUGCACGUACAUGCUCGGAUAAAUCCAAACUAAUCACUAACUUUACAUAAGCAGUCUCAGGAGGCAGAAGGCGCUGGUCAUUUUUUUCUCUAAUCAAAAUGUCAACCCAUUCAUGAAGAAGGAUGCAGCUGUUGUUUUCCAUCAUGGAUAUGCUUAUUAAGUAGGGAAUAUAUCUCUUAUAUGAGACGGACCAAUCUGAUUUAGUAUAAUGCUUUUAGAUACCAGUAAUCUUUGUUAUCUGGACUGUGUAUGCCUCAAUGAGUAAAUUGAGGCAUAUUUUAUUUUACUUUUCGAUUUAGCACAUCAGUUGUUUUUCAUCUGGCGAAAAGGGAAAAUGUGAUUGCUCUCAAGUAGAUUAUACAAUUAAUAUUUGUAUUAAAUGGUUUCACAGUUCAGAGCAGCAAACACGGGCCUGUUCAGCUGUGUCAUUUCCUCUCCGUUCAUCCCCGUCUUCAUUAUAGUAACCACGCUGCAGUCACAGGAAAACCAGCAGCACAGUUUCUGUUUUACAAACAUACUUUGUAAUUUUUAAAGGUAAAUAGCUGCCUAAAUUUUUUUUUAAGGUGUGUCCAGAUUUGCGUUAUAUUAACCCAUCUAUCCACAAAUAAGAGUUUGAAUAUUUCGAAAAUUCCAACUGCAUCUAUUUUAGAUUCUGUGUACGGCUGUUUCAUUCUAGCGUGUUAUUUCACUAUAAAAAGUAUAUCAUGCUUUAUUGUUUUAAAUUAUAUGUAUUUGGCUCAUGUUGGUCCAAAAGCCUCCAUAAGAGCGUGAUGUGAAGAGCAUUAUUUUCUUGAUCUGAAGAGCUCCAUGGUACAGAUGUAAAACAUAGAAACAUAAAUACCAACUACUCCUCAAGCCUCUCUUUCUUUACAUAUUUCAGCUGAUCUAUUUUGUUGACUCAUUGAUGUAGAUUUCUAGGAUGUUCUCACAUCACAUUACUUCAAGGUAUUCAGGACUACUGUAUGUGUCUUAUAUCGUUUUUCCUUUCUUAAAAUAUCGUUACUGCAUAGUUAAAAUGCUUUCCAGUUUAAUCAGUGUUAGUUCAUGUUAUAAAUAAUUUUGAAAGCCAAAUUCACAUUUGUGGUCUUUAUCCCAAGUUUUUUGGCUCGAGGCACGAGUUUGUGUUAAAUAUGGCAUGAAAUGCGUUUAGCCUGCCUUAAUGUGGUAGCAGUGCUAUUUUCAAUCUGUCUGAAUGAAGAGAGCGGCCGGUGUUUGUAAUACCCUCUUCAUGGUUGUGGAAUUUCAACGAUUCGCUCUCAAUAGCAUCCCCAUCUUGUUAUCUGAGUGUUUCAUAAUGGAUGAGUUGUUACUGGUUGUUUAACCGUCAUUCUGAUAAUGGAAGGUCAACAAUAGAUAGUAAUUUUCUUUUUAGUCUAGACAAACUAUGAGGGGUCAACUUUUUCCUGUUUCAUUCCUGGAAUUAUUGCGUUUUUUUACAAAUGGGGUUAUGUCAGCCUCCUCAUCUUCACAUAGUCUCCACAGAAACUGUUUCAGCGGAGAGAAAACUGUUAUUCCUGUAACCGGGUUGGCCUGAUAACUCAGGGGUUUCCCUUAAAAAAAGAGAGUUUGCACUUUGCCAGGUUGGAACAUGAAAUCAAUUAGGUUAAAAAUAAGUCUGAGGAGAAGAAUGCAGGAUGGUGUUAAUUGAGUUCACAGAAUGAAGUGUGAGGCUGUACCUGUGAGAAUUAGCUGAUUGUGAAGGCACCAUGUAGCAAUGGGAGUUAGCAGGUGCUGAAAAUAAACAACUUUUAUUAUUCAAAGAAAAGGGAGGAAGAAAAAAGGAACACAUCCUGAAAUUAGAGCAGCCAUCCUCCCGCAGAGCCUGUAAUGAAUAAGAUUUCUGUUAAUUCUGAUAUCUUCAGCCUUGGUUUUUAGUGAAAACACUGACUAUCUGUACAACUUUUAUGUGUAUUUACUCACAAAGCUAAUAUUUACAGAUAAAUGACUGGAAACGAUUUUUCAUAGCUAAAGUAUGACAGGCUGCUUUAUCUGAUUAAGUGAAACCCUGUCUGAGUUCCCAUUAACCCGACAUUUGCACAGAGACUCACCAGACAUGAGUCUCAAACAAACAUCUUGUACAUUUUCCAUUGAGGUAUUCUUUUAAGUAUUUGAGAUAUUUCCUCUCUGAUCUUAUGUUGCUGCAUGUCGGUGAUCGACUCAGUCUUUACUGCAACACUGAUUUUAAUCAGUUAGUGAUAGAUGGGCUAAGCCUACACAUGUGAAUGGAUCUAGAGAUGAUCAAACCUUUCCUAAGUGGAUUUCAAUGAUUCAAUGAUUAUCAAUGCAUUCAUUUGUGGCUACUCUGAUGUAACAGAUUUAUUCGCCACUGCCUAGAAAUCAUGUGAUUAUUUGAAAGAACCAAAGUUAAGCUCUUGUUCAUUUGUGUACAGACAACUGCUCAAAAACCUGGGAACGUGGUUUCUGAUGUUACAUUACAAAUAUUUCUCUGUUGCACAUCAUUGAGGGAGUUUUAUUUGAAUCAAUGUGGGGGCUGACAGUCCAACAUUUUUCAAAAGGUAUUACCUUAUUAUUCUUUUCUUCAGGUAAUGUUUUGAGUUUAUAUUCAACACCACAAUCAUAGUACAUCAACCAAACCAGCAACUACAUAAAAAAUUCCCAUACUGAUGAAUCCCUAGAGAUUUUAGCACCAAGAUUGGGUUUUUACUGGUCAUUAAAGAAACUGAGAUCAACAGUAAUGCCACUUUGACUUAAAAGAGCAAGCAAGACUGUCAUCCACAAGAUGGACAGUCUCUUGGUUGUUUAAAAACACUACUCAAACAUGUACGGAUAAUAUCGGCGACAGAGUGUGCCAAAAUUAUGUCAAUCAAUAAGCAGCAAGAACAAAGGCUAAAAAGGUUAAACUUAGUCGGCAUUGAGGAUAUUACACACGUUUUAGCGCACUAUCAUAACAUGUGCUACGUUACGUUGCUAUAUUUCUUUGAAAUAAAGAUGAAGAGCUAUUGCUGAUCCAGUAAAAUGACGUCACACCCGAGUUACCGGCAUUUCAGUUACCAAGUCAGAAAAAAGCAAAAUAGGAGGCCGAAACAAGAUGGCUGAAAGUUACUUGACUGAAUAUAAGGCAAGUGCUAAAAUAACUUUCGUAGAUGUAGCCAUCUUGUUUCUUACUUUUCUCUGACUUGGUAACUGAGAUGCUGGGAACUUUGGUGUGAUGUCAUUUUCAGCUCCGACAUCUGACUUUCAAGGUAACUCGAACGCAGCAUAUAAUCUCCAUUUGACUGAGCUUCUUGAAGGUUCAUGAGGAUGAAAACUUUGAGCAGGAAUGACCUACAAUAUGUUCUACUUUGAUGUGAGUGUUUAGUCUGAUGCAACUAAACCUUAACAGUGCUGCUGGCUCAGACGAAGUAUUUCAGCUGAGUACUUAUAGGGUUACAUUAACAACCCUUGACAAUGACAAUGGAGAGGCCCUACGAGAAUACAAAACUCAAAGUGGUGGUGGAGGCUAUUUAAGAUAUCAGGCCACGCCCUCAUCAAUAUAGUCUGAGAUCUAGCUUUACCAGCGUCUACAGAAGAAAAGCUCCAAAGUAAAUCCCAGCAUCUUGGAGCUGCUCGUUUUCAUAACCACUGUCAGCUGAUACAAUGCUGCUGAGCAGCUGUUACCUAAUGCACAGUCUGGUCUCUUGACGUUCAAUACAUCUGCAAUCUGAGAAAGACAAAAUAUGCAAUAUGUGCAGAGACACAUCUGCACUCUGUGCAUAUCUAGUUACAUACUUUAUAUUACGCCCCAGCUAAUGGAGUAUGAGUGAAUGGAAAUGAAAUUUUGGUUCCUGUUGGGUCUGGUUAAGCAUUGGUUAUAAUUAAGGUACUCUUUAGAGUGAAGGUUAGUACAAUGUUUUGGUGAAUUAUUGGGACAUGGUGAUGACCCUGACUGGUGCAGAGAAAAAGCAUUCGUGACUCGCUGUCAUACAAGAUAAGCACAAGCAGAUAAUGAAUGAACACAAAAGUGUUCCCAUAAAAAGAAGCAUUUUACUCUUCACAGUUGACUUGUGCAAAAUCAGGCAGACUGAUUGUAUUUCAAGCGUUUCUGAUCAGUUUUCACCACAUUGCAGAUUUCACACACUGUUUAGAUUAUAAACCCGACCCAAACCUUAGCUUCUGCAUUAUAACGGAUAUCCUUUCACAUAUGUGGUAGAAGUCCUAGUCCCAAGAAAUAAGCUUAAAUUCCACAGACGUUUGGCAUGAAAGGGCUCUUUUUUAAGGUUAGGAAGCACUGAUGAGGCACCACUUUAGCAACAUUGAUCCUAAAUAUGUUAACAACAUCCGCCGAAAGUUUUUUUGCAGACUGAGAUUAAUUUUAGGCUCCUUAGCUUUUAUAUCCACAACAUGUUUCAACUUUAUAACUCUUAUAUGACAAGGGAGGGCUUUAAGUCUAAUACGUUACGGUGAUUCCCCUGCAGCAACAGUAAUAUUUACUUUUCACAUGACACUGACCCUGGCUUUGUAAACCUGAUCACCUCCAUGUCAGCACACUGUCCCAGCUGACUCAAUAAGCACACUGAGAUUUGUAAAAGAGCCGUCAGCUCAAAGAUGUAAAGUAAAACUCCAUGAGCUCUAACAACCAUUUUUCUCAACAAAGUCUGAUUCAACUCUCUGAACCUGACAUGACUCAUCAGUUUUAGUUCAUGUGCAGCUGCCUCUUGUAUCUUUUAUAGUUUCAGAUGCAAACGCAGAAAACAUUGUGAAUUGAAGCAGCUCUAUAGUUUGUGUAGCAUAUUUGUAAGAAGCUAAAUAACGGGUUUUUCUGUGGAAAUGGACACGGCAGGAACGAUGAUGGAAGUGGACGGCUGAAUUUAUGGUGACUGUUCAAAAGUUCAGUUCAUCACACAACUGCAUUCAGGAAAUCUGAGUUAUUAAUCACUUUUUAGUAAAUGUAUCUACAGAAAACCCGUUUUAAACAGUUUCUGCUGCGUUUAGGACCUCAUUAGAGGAUAAGGUGUUGCAUCUGUAAUAACUGGGAUCAACACAAGGAUCUCAGCCUUCCAGCAGGAAAAAAAAAACUUGAUCACAGCAGAUCAGCACAGUUCAGUUUCACGCGCCAGCUCGCACAAGACAGAAAAUACACCAGAAUAAUUACAGUACAACAUUUACCCAUCAACCCAUUCCCUGAUGCAUUUUCCCUGUCCCAUCCCUGUCUUCAUAAUGAAUCGGUUGCUGUGGUUACUGUUGCUUAGCAACAGGCCAGUCAAAUGCUCCUAAUCCUGUGCUGUUGACAGUGAGCUGUGACUAGGGAAGAGAGGAUGAGAAGGACGGAGGAAGGGGAGGGGGGGGAGCCGUACAACAAACAGCAGGGCUGGAGAGAAUACAUGUGGUGUAUAUGUGCACGCAUGCAUUGUGUGCCAGUGCACAGUGUUUGUGGGUGCGUCAUUAUGAAUGUGUAAUAGCGCAGGUUUAUAUGCAACGGCUGAGGUCGAGCAACUGCAGUGAAUCUUGCGUGUGUGUGAGGUGGAAAUGAAAAGCCAAGAUGUGAGGUUAGUGCUUGUUUAAGCCAAACAUAAAGGAAGACGGUGACUGCAGUAGCUGCCCUGUUCCUCUCCUUCGUAUCAUCUCUUACGCAGCAAAUAAUUACAUCACAUGAACGAACGACACCUGUAUAAUCAGCUACUUUGUGUUCAAUGUUCAUGUUAAAGUUUGUCUUUUGCACUUUUUCCUUUUCAGCAGCAGCAAACGAACACAAAAUGAUGAAUGUAACAAGAUGGUUUUGAGUCUUCAGAAACAGAGAGACACGUGUCAGAGCCGUGCCCCAAAUGUGUUCAGGAGUAUUCUUGCACACUCAGCCGCAUCUUAGUCGCCGCCUUAGGGGUUAUCAAAGGCAUCAUUAUCAUGUAAUUGAAUUUCUUCAUAUGAUAUAAUGUUGUUUUUAAAAAAGAAAGAAGAAGAUUUCCAGGAAAUUAAAUGAGAUUGUUCAAGGACACAGAACAAAAACCUCGUCAUGGCCAUCCCUGUAAGUUUUUUUGUAUAUACAAUUUCAUGAAUCUGUUGUGUUAUUGAAUUAUUAUGAAUACUUUCAGAUUGACUUUGUUUUGUAAUUAAAAUGAUGACCUAUAGUCAGACAAUUUAGUGCUACACAUAGCCUUUAAAGUGUUACAUUAUACAAUGCUCUCAUUGGGCUGAUUGGAUGAAAAAACAAAUACUUUAUUCUUGUUCUCAACCCCACAGCAUGAGAACCUUAAAAUCUGAGCUUUAUCAUCUCAAACAUAGAAACUGUUGUGACUCUGAUAAGCUUGCACAGCUGAGAGUGUAGCACAAUUAUGCACAAUUUUAAUGUGUUUGUUUGUUUGUUUUAUUGAAGGCGAACCCGGCACAGUUGCUGCCAACAGAAACACAGACGUAGGUAAUUACGUGAGAGAGGGGGGGGGGGGGGGGGAGCUGGCUGAAAAAAAAAUACCAUUUUCAGGUAGAGCAGACAAAACAUGAUGACAGGAAAAAUCAUCUGGGAAGAGCAGAGCAGCCCCUCUUGUCAGGCAGUGACAUUUAAAAUGGACCUUAAUGAAUUACAAAAGGGUGGCUGCACACUUAAGUGAUUUGUUUUUAUGGGAGACAAAGCAAUGGCUCUGGGUUGAACUUCCUCAUUAAUACUUCAGCAUAAUUAAGACCCUCUCCUCUGGACGACUCCAACGGGAGGAAGUGAGGGGUAAAGCUGUGAGUGUAUCUGUGAAACGGUGGGUGAUUACUGCCCCUGGAUGUUGCCCUUCCUCUCUCCCUGCCCGACACAAAGGAACUCUUACUCUAUGUCGUUGCAGUGGGCAGGUGUAGACUCCCUGGACCCAGCUGGCUGUGUCCUGCCAUCCUCUCCUAGCUGCUGAACUCUUAUUUUGACACCCUAGACAGAGGAGGGGGGGAAGGUCAAACAGCAUAGCAUGACUUUGUUUUAUGUACAACGCGAAGUCCCUGAGGACAUUGACUUAACAGAGAGAGGGGCUUAUGUUUCCGACUUAAUGGGUAGCAACAUGUGAGACAACAGGGGCACUGAGGCCAACUCACGGGAGAAGAAAGAGCAGCUUUAAUCCUGACACCUUCUUAUGCAAUUCGUAAUAAGCAGAUGGUCCUUUUAUACCACUUGCUGUGGUGGGGUAAUUUAGUUAAAUAACUAAUACGCUCAUUUUUCACUAAGGCAAAGGGAUAUUUUGGGAUUUCUUCCACAGUACCCAGCAGCUAUUUUGCACUUCUUGUGGUUCAACAGAACCAAAGUUUCAGGAAAACUUUUUUUCCAUUAGGUGUGGUUUUAUUCUGUAUGACGUACUGAGUAUUAGGGCCACAUAAAAAAAAACCAUAUAUAUAUAUAUAUAUAUAUAUAUAUAUAUAUAUAUAUAUAUAUAGACUUCGAGAUUAAAGUAGUUAAUGUACGAGAAUAAAGUCAUUACUAACGAGAAUAAAGUCGUAUAAAGUAAUCACUUAUGAAAAUAAAGUCAUACUAAAAUCAUUUUGAUACUUAUGAUAAUGUGGUGCUGAUGUACCAAAAGAUUAAGUAUCUCCUUGUUUGAGAAACCUAUAAUAAAGAACAUUUUUACAAAAUGCUUUAUAGCUCUCAUUUAAACAACCGUCAUCUUAAACAACAGAUUAGAAUAUAAGGACUUUAUUCUGACUUAAUUCUCAUAAGUAAUGAUUUUAUUACAACUUUAUUCUCUUAAGUAAUGACUCUAUUCUUGUAUAUUAAUGACCCUAAUCUCAAAGUCUUAAUUUUUUUUCCCUUAAUGUGGCUCUAAUACUCCAUCGUAAUUCUGUGACUGCCAAGGUUGCUAUUUCUUUUAUUAUAGAUUUUAAGUAGUUUAGGUGAAGGAUAAGGAAGGAAAUAACUUGGAAGUUUGCUUUUCUUGGCUGUAACAAAAUAGAAUUAUUCCACAUCCCCUGUGCACUACAGAAAAGUUCUGUAAAAUUCAGGUGCACUUUAUGCCAUUUUAAAAUCAGCAUCCUGAACACUGGUGCCACCAAUAUACCAGCAUAUAAUACUCAGUUGCAUUACAAUACAAAGAUGGCACUCACAGACGCAAGCAAUGACAAUGAGGUUGAAUGAGGUGGAGCAGUCUGGUGGUACCACUUUUAAAUGUUUUUUUUUUUGGGUUAUAGUCAUGUUUUUAAGGAGAUCUGAGGUUUACUCUGAUAGAAAUAAACCUUUGAUAGAGCUGGUUUUAUUAAAAAGAGUCCUUAACCUAAUGUUCUCUGAUCAGUAAAACAAGACUUAUACAUGGAUUUUGAUUUUGAGUCCAUGUACAUUUUUUUUCCUAUCUUGAGGUGGUUGUGGGUGUUUUACCACUUCAAGGGUUAUUCUUAUAAGAAAACAACUUAAUUUCCAAAUACUGUCCCUGAAUUUCAUUGACCUGAUUUGUACAGUUCACCCGGGACUGCAGGCCAUGAUGGAAACACAGACAACAGUGGACCACAGGAACUGUUAAGCACUAUUAUUAAAGACAAGUAGCCCUGAACCUAACUCUGAAGAGGCAAAUGUCCUCGUUUUAACAGUCUUAGGUUCAAUUCAUGUCUACCCCCUCUCUGCUCCAAAUAUUUCCUGUCCCUCUUCAGCUUUCCUGUCCAAAAAAUGCCCCCAAAUUUAACCUAAGCAUCUGUAAUUAACUUAAUUUGCCUAUCCGUACUUUUUGAUAACAUUAAGCAACUUUGCUCACUCCUUUGCUCACAGCGAGCUAGUUUUACAUAACCGAAGCCUUGUCGUUACUUUACAACAAAAUUGUACUUUAACCAGUAAACGAUGAGAGUUUCCUUUAAAGCUGCACUACAAUUAUCAAAACCUUUGCUAUUCCCCUCAAUAUCUUUCUUCAUGCUGAGCAGAUCUUGUGAUUUGCUCAAAGCAUCAUGUUGUUUCUGUAACCUUUUAAACAGCAGUCUUCAUUCCAACAGCCUCCCAGUCACAAGCUGCUGGCUAGCAGCCACAUGCCAGCAGCAGCCGUGAACAAAUCAACUUUAUUUUUCCGUCUUUUUUUCUUAUACAUUCAGUGUCACAAGGGUGCAAUCUGUACUGCAUUCCUGGACACAGACACAAACAGAUGCACACAAACCGUCUCUUCUCUACUAAAGCCAGCUGAGUUCAACUUUCUCUCAGUUACACGGGAGUCCAUUUAAAGUUGGUGCAAACAUUUGAAUAGUUGAUUUUUACGAAUCGUUGUAGUGUAGUGUGUGAGAAACUGGCUGAAAGAGCGAACCGGGCUACAUAAUUUUUAAACUGUAAUAAUGUCAGAGAGUUAACGCUCUGGUUUUCUUCUGUGCUUCUUGAUCACCCUCACAUUUUAGUUGUUUUUUUUUAGUAACACAUGAUUAAUUUAACCUCAUACGGUUCAUUUGUUAAGCGCUCAUGAAGUACAAAUCAAUGUGCUUUGCCUUUCCUCAUUUAUCAGCUGGACAUAGUGCAUUAUUAAUCCCCAUUAUAAAGCUGUGUAAUAAAUCGCUGACUGGCUCCCCAAAGCUAGUUAUGUUUUUAGUGGUGUUUUUCACGGUUGUUCCUGUCCUGCUUUUAUGAAAGAGAGUUCAAUGUGGAGGUAGGAAGUAGGGCAGAGGCAGGUUUGGACUUGAGCUGAAAUUAAGUCUGAAUUAUUUCAAUUUACUGACCAUAAAAAACUGCUGCUUUAGUCACAUUUAUGCAUCUGUCCUCCCUAAAAGAUGCAGUUUUUUGCCUCGUUUGUUACCGUCCUGGAGGUACAAGCUUAACACGGACCUUUAAUUAUGUUAUUUCAGUGUUUUAAUUUGAUUCCACAGGUAUAAAAAUAUAUCCAAAUAUACCAAAAAGUAGUAAUUCUGCUUGGAGUAUUUGCAUUUUUUUUUUAUUUGUAUUGCUGACUUUGGCAGGGACUGUGCUCUCCGAGUACCUACAGCAGAAAAACAAAGAAACACCUAAUUUGUGUGUGAACCCAAGAACAUAUGGAGGAUCUGGUUUGUAACUUUUUGGGAAGCUGAAAGCUGCAGAGGACUUUGUUCAUAAAAAAACAGCCAGUUUAGUGUAUGAAUAUGUCUCAGUGGCUGAGUCUUUGAUGUGAGAGUCAGAGCGGUCUGUCCUCACUGUAAACAGUAGACAAAGACUCGACUGUCUUCACGUCAGAGGCUCCAAUUCUCAUACACUUACACAUUGAGGGGAGUUGGGUGUUUUUUUACGAUGAGGUGAAUCAAGGCUGACACAUCCGGCCGUUUCACAGUUUUGGACAUGGAGGAAGAGAGCAGUGGUAAAAGAAGUAAUCAGUUGUUUCAGAGUUAUACGUGAGAGUUCAAACUCAGGUCUUCAUCUGUCUGAGGCUCAAGCCUCUGUUGCCAUAACAGAGGAGGCGUACCUUUGGCUAGUCAAGAGGAGAUCUCUGACCUGUGCUAGAUGAUUUCAGAUGUGAAAUUGCUCUUAUGUUGUCUUGGUUUUCAUUCUUCAAUCUUGCAAUAACCUUACAUGGUAUAAUUUUCUCCUCUGGGUUUUUCCAAGUCACAUGAUCCUCCCUCUGUAAGAAGUCUGAUUGUUUGGGCUGAUAUGAGUUGUUUUUGUUGCUUCAAAGAAAACUAUAUUUUCCUUGUGGUUCGAUGAUCUGUUAUAUAUUUGUUCUUUUUUUCCACAUUCCCGCAGAGCCGUAUGGCCGAGAGCUUGCGCCUUUUCGACUCUAUCUGCAACAACAACUGGUUCACCAACACAUCACUCAUCCUAUUCCUCAACAAGAAGGACCUGCUGGCGGAGAAGAUCAAGCGCAUUCCUCUGACAGUGUGCUUCCCUGACUACAAAGGUCAGAACACCUAUGAGGAGGCGGCUGUCUACGUGCAGCGGCAGUUCGAGGACCUCAAUCGCAACAAGGAGACCAAGGAGAUCUAUUCGCACUUCACCUGUGCCACCGACACCAGCAACAUCCAGUUUGUGUUCGAUGCUGUCACGGACGUGAUCAUCCAGAACAAUCUCAAGUACAUUGGACUGUGCUAGGACCUGAGGCUGGGUGGACGGGGGUUUGGGGGAGGGGAGGGUGGGUAAAGCGCCAGUCAUCCCGCCAUCAGGCUGGAUAAACAAAAAGGCAUGUCAGUCUGCCUGGUGGUCUUUCUCUUUGAAAAGGUGCAAGAGAGAACUGCAGAGAAUGAGAGGUAAAGGAAUGGACAGGGAUGGACGAUACUGUAGAUUUAAGUGUUUCGAUAGAAACAACAGAGCUGAGGGGCUGUGGUCAACAUGGGAGAUUCACCCAAUGUGUUUGCACUGAAUAUGAGUAUGCAGAGACACCCAAACACACACACAUACACACACACAGACACAGACACACACACACAGACACAUUCAUCCUUAUGUUUGCUCACAUACUAGAUCCUCGGAUCAACGGUCAAGCACUUGUUUGACAAGGCAACACUGGAAUAGUAGACAGCUACCCCUACCUGCCUGCCUGCCAAACUGAGGGCGUAGGUCUGUACUGGUGGUUUUCUGUUACGUUUGUCUACUUUAUUUGAUUUGCCAGAGUCAAUUAAUGCUGCUUUACGAAAAGAAUUUUGACAGAAUCAAUGUUCUCUUUUUGGAUUUUCACCCUAACAAUGGUAAUCAAGUGAGUGCACCUGUUAAAACAAGGAGAGAGCCUGUAAUUCAGAGGAAAAAAAAACGUCAGUCGACAUGAUGUCACAGGGUUUCUGCCUAAAAAGAGGAAACUGCCACAGUGUAAAGCUGAAGUGAAUAUGUUUUCUACACACCGUUUCUGUUUUUUUUCCCCCUCGGUCAGAUCCAAUGUUGUUUUUUUUUCUUCCCCCCUUCCUUUAUUUUACGUUUUAUGUGCUUUGAAAAAUAGAAUAUGUCUCUUAAAUCUGCAUUUAUUUGCAGGUCACUGACUUAUAAUACCGGGAGAGUGUUGUGCUCCAUAAAGUUAAAAAGUAUUCUUUAAGAUCAUUCCAGUUUCCAGCAAGAGACGACAAAAACAGUGCCAAGAUCAAUUUGUAAAUAAAACCAAAUCCCAUCUGUUAUGUUACUUUUUUGUUUUGUUUUUAUGGACAAAUACAUUAAAAAAUGCAUGAUUUUGUUACUUUGGGAUACUAAUAUAUUUUCUUUGAGAUUAUGUUCCUCUUUUCUUAGGUUUUAAUAAUAUAUUCCCAAAAAUAUAUAUAAAAGUCAAACACUGUGUACGACUGUACAGUUGUCAGAGAGGAAUCUAUUGAAAAGAGUUAUAUCGAUAUAAUAAUGAUGAUUAUGAUGUUAUGAUGAUGAUGAUGGAAAUGAUGAUGAUGAUGAUAAUGAUUACAAUGAAGAUGAGGAAAAUCUCACUACAAAGUAAGCAUGAGAGGAGAAAGUGGAUCAAAGGAGAACAAGACUGUAGAAUAAAAAAUAUGAAAACAAAGAAGCAAAUGUUGAAAGUUCAAUCUUCCUUGCAUUAUCUACGUGGAAAUUGUCGAACAGCCAGUCAGUAUGAUGUGUAAAUAUACUGUAAGGUACACUCUUUGUUCAAACAAAAGAAAAUAAAGGUUGAGUUGGGCUGCUGUAAGUGAGAUAAGGAGAGAGAGAGUGAGAGAGAGCGAGAGAGAGAGAGAAGGAGGAAAAAAACCCACUCCACUCCUCCUCCUACCCUUUCUUUUCAGUUCAGAGGGUGAUGUGCAAACAACUCAGCUAAGGGCUUCAGGCUUACAUUACGGGAUGUCCACCUCAACAAAAGACAAAACAAUUAAAAAGAGAUAUAAAAAGGACAAUAACUAUGAAUAAAACAACUUAUGCAAAUUUUCAUGGUGUAGUAAAUGUGUUUUUGGGUGGUGGUUGUGUCAAAAGUGCUUUCAAUGUUCCUCAUGCUGCAUCGAUUACAAGUUAAUGAGAGGAUGAGUCCUCUCAGUCUAAAACCCCUGCUUCCAUCCUCGGUGCCCAAAAUCAUGACAUGAAAGUGUUUGUCCUCAUCGUACAAUGAAGCCACUGGGGCGAGAAUAAUUUGUUCAUAAAGUAUGCAAGUGAAUGAAUGAAUGAAUGAACUUGGCCUGCCUGAUGUACAAAUUCCACCUCACCAAACACCAGUUGGCCCAGCAUGUCUGUAGACGAACUAACCCCCCGAAUAACACUUUUCAGUUGAAACUUUCUGCCUUUUCAUUCACAUUUUUAUGAGGUGACGUUUUUAAUGCAUGACAACUGAAAAAUGGUUUUCUAAGAGCACCUGACAUGAAAGACAAAAUCCAAAAGUGUUGUGAUGAAACUUGAACAGGAUGAUGUUUCCACAGCAGGCUUUGCUGCUAUCUUUCUGUUCUGCUCAUGUGGUUUGAAUAUUUUUCAUGCUGUAAGGCCUUCACUGAGUCAGACUGGGGACAAUGCAUAAAACAUUACAGUACUAUGUGGCUGGUUGUUAUUAAAGUGAUUUCUUUUCAUUUUAUUUAUUCCAUUUCUUGGCAGAAAUGACAUCACUGAGAAAAAAAAAUGUCUCCCAGUCAUAAGGAACUUAUUCUUUUAUGGACUGAUUUAAUCAACAGUGGGAAUGUGUUUGAGGACUGAACAUAAAUAAAAUGAGAAGGGAGAGUUCUGC